GCGGCGAGAAAACAAAGCUUGUGUGUAUUCUUAGAGCUCUGUAUACGCAGAGGUGGAUAAGCUAGGAGAGAACGGCACCAAGGUGUGCAACGCAAACGUGGCGGGUGUGACGACUCAUUUAGUAUAUAAGUAUGUGUAGGUCCGCUGUGGUCAGGACAUCAUCAAGCAUUCCAUAGCUCUGUCCACGAGUACACCUACACAUCCGAUCACUCACCAACCGACACCAAACGCAAUCAACAACUUUUCACCAUCAAAAUGAAAGGCAUCCUCGCCCUAAUGCUCUCCUUCUCCGCCCUCUCCUUCGCUGCACCAACCACGAAGCGCGAGACCUUCGAUGGCACCGCCGACGUAACACUCUGCACCGACUCCAAUAAAGCAGGCACAUGCCAGACAUGGAGCCUACCCUUUGACGGCGAACCAGACAUGCCCUUCACAAAAUGCGUGCAACUCGAGGCACCGUUAUACAACAACGUCGGCACAUUCCUGGUUGCCCCUGGUGCGUACUGCCGGACUACCUCGGUGGACAACUGUGCCAAUCUGGGAUCUGGAGAUGCGAUUCUGUUCCCACCGGGCAGCGAGGACUUCAAGAACUACAGUGGUGGGCAUGCGGGAGACGCAAACUUGGGUGGAAGAACGGCGAGCUUCCAAUGUCAGAAGUGCACGAAUUGCACUUAGGAACAUGAGUGGUUUUGGUUCUAGCGGCUUGUUGGCGAAUGCAUGUAAUAUGGUAGACGAAUAAUGACACUCCUUGAAUCGUUCCGACGCGAAAU